GCAGCAUAGGGAGAAAGAGUACACGUCAGUGGAAGGCACUACUGACCAGGAAGUGGCUAGCUAGCUAGCAACGGAGAAUGAGCAGCUGAGAUUCUGGUUCUUUGACAGCGUCAGAAGGGCAGGAUGGGCAGGCAGAGGAAGAGAGUGGUGACCAGUGAAGCUGCUCCCCUUCCAAGGAAAGAUGAGAAGCCCUCUGCAUUUCACCGCAAGGAGAAGAAAAAGAAAAUUGAUAUCGGCAAAGUUUUCAUCAACAUCUCCAUUGGCCUUUGCAUAUUCAGUCUGAUCUGGUUCUUUUAUGCCCUCUACAUGCGGUCCAGCCUGGCUAAACGGGUGGUUACUCUGCACCCGUCACCUCCUGUCCUGGAUACCAAUAGCAGCAGCGCCAAGGUUUCCCAGGAGAGGUUCUGGGGUUCAUACAGGCCGCAGGUCUAUUUUGGCAUGAAAACCAGGAGUUCCAGGUCGAUUGUGACAGGCAUGAUGUGGAUGCGUCAGUUUUCUGACAUGGACAUAAACUUGAGGCACACUUGUGAGCAAGGGGAUCGUUUGCAAGGCUAUGGCUGGCUGAUGCAUGAUGGGAUCACCUUUGGUGUCCAGGAAAUCCGAGACAACGGUUUCACCCUAACCACAGAGUUUGUCAAGAGGAUGGGAGGGGAUCAUGGUGGAGACUGGACCUGGAGGAUCACUGCCAAACAGCAUAGCUCUGCCCCUCAAGCACCAGUCAUCUCCCUGAUGUUUUAUGCAGCAGCAGACACACAUGGCUCACUGGAAGCUCACGUGGAGGAGAGAAACCGCCUCGCAUCAAUCACUGGUUUCUCAGAGGAGCUUGGAAACUUUAAGAUCACCUUCCGAAAGCCUGUUACUGGGGAAUUAUCCAGCGCUAAAUAUGCCAGUUACAACUAUCUUCAGACUGUGUCUCCUGGCUUGGAGAAGCUGACUGACAUUGUGAAACACAGUCUGAACCACAGGUUCGUCUACAGCUUUCCCUCUGGUGAGAAAAGGCAUUACAUUGCUGUAGACACUUACAAGCCUCCCCAUCACCAAAACCAACAGAAACCUGCUGACACAAGGAAAGAGAGUGACUUUGUGGUUCACCAGGUGACUGUUCAGACACCGUUCCAGAUUGAAGUUCUGUUUGAAUCUGGAAGCUUCCACGAUCGUCCCAACCAACUGGUGGGUUCGAUCAUGACGCAAGAGCUGGAAAAGAGGAAAGCUGAGUUCGAUGCAAAGUUUGAGAGGACUUAUGGGCUUGAGAGCAAAGGUUUUAGCCAGGCACAAAUUAAAUUCGGCAAGGCAGCAUUCAGCAACAUGUUGGGUGGAAUGGGCUACUUCUAUGGCCAGUCAGUGGUGCAGUCCAUCUACAAUGAGUACCCGCUCCUGUACCCUGAAGGUGCUUUAUUCACUGCUGUACCAUCACGUUCUUUCUUCCCCAGAGGAUUCCUUUGGGAUGAGGGCUUUCAUCAACUGCUGCUGAGUAAGUGGGAUCCCCAGGUGACAAGGGAGGCUAUUGCCCACUGGAUAGACCUAAUGAAUAUGGAGGGCUGGAUCCCCCGUGAGCAGAUCCUAGGAGAUGAGGCUCGCAGUAAGGUCCCAGCGGAGUUUGUAGUUCAACGAAACGAGAAUGCCAACCCACCUACUCUUUUCUUAGCUCUUCAGGAACUUAUUGAACAGCUCUCUGCUAAUCCAGACAAGGCGGCUUUUCAACCAACUUUGAACUUCCUCCGACGGGUCUUCCCCAGACUGAAAACCUGGUUUGAAUGGUACAACACUACGCAGACGGGGCCCCUACCCAACUCCUACCGCUGGCGUGGACGGGACAAGGACACCAAUCUGUUCCUUAAUCCCAAAACUUUGACUUCUGGGUUGGAUGACUACCCACGAGCAUCACACCCCUCAGCAGAUGAGCGUCAUGUGGAUUUACAUUGCUGGAUGGCCUUGUCCUCAGGCAUUAUGGCAAGUGUAGCUCUGCUUCUAGGCGAACCGUAUCAGGACUAUGAACUUUCCCACCAAGUACUUAGUGACAACAACCUGUUGAAUGAGCUCUACUGGUCAGAACAACUCCAUGCUUUCAGUGACUUUGGCAACCACACCCAGGCCGUGUCCUUGCAACAGGAGAAGGUUUAUGUACCUCCCGGACAACCUCGUCAUCAAUUCCCUGUGGCUCGCCUUGUGCGCUCAGUCCGCAGGGCCCCCAAGCUGCAGUAUGUAAAUGCUUUGGGUUAUGUUAGCUUGUUCCCCUUCUUACUGCACAUCCUCCAACCUGACUCACCGAAACUAGAAUACAUCUUCAGAGACAUGAGAGAUUUCAAUAAGCUGUGGACACCCUACGGCCUACGUUCACUCUCCAAGGCUGAUCCCCUUUAUAUGAAGCGAAACACAGAACAUGAUGCCCCCUACUGGCGGGGCCCGAUUUGGAUUAACAUCAACUACUUGGCAGUGAGAGCCCUCCAUCACUACAGCAACACAGAAGGGCCAUACCAAGAAAAGGCAGCUGCUCUUUAUGAGGAACUCAGGACUAACAUUAUCAAUAAUGUUUAUAGACAGUAUGUUGAAACAGGAUAUAUCUGGGAACAGUACAAUGACAGUACAGGCAGGGGCCAAGGAAGCCACCCCUUCACUGGCUGGUCAUCACUGACAGUAUUAAUGAUGGCAGAACAGUAUUAAUACAGUAGAUUUCAUCCCAUGUUUUGUAAAAUACAGGCCUUUAUUUAUCUGGAUGUGAUUGAAACAAAACACCAUGAUCAGGUGUUAAAGAAAUAUGACUUGUCUGGUUGAUGAUACUCCACCAACAAGACCAGCUGAAAAAUAGGGAUUUAUGAUCUAAUUUCCACAUUUCACUUUUGAUUAAAAUAACAGGUUUCUCACAGGUAUUCUAUAAAGGGCAGUUUGAAAGAAGUGUAAGUGCAGCUACCUUGACUUUGCUGUAUGUGGAGCCAAGCACUGUCUAGUGCUUCAUUUAUGUACUUAAGAUGCAUUUACUUAAUGAAAUCAUAUUACUGACACCUUCAAACACCUGCACCUUCACUGCUUCAAACUGCAAUCUUUAAUACUGAAAAUGAAGGUAGACAUUUAUUUUUCUUAAACAUCCAGGAAACUGGUGGUCCACCUCUCUGAGGGAGGAUUCAUGCUUUCCCACUAAAUGUGAGGACAAUUUUAAAUGGACAACUGUCGCAAGUUUCUGGGAAAAUAUUUGCAUUAAUGAGCACGUUGUGCUUUAAUUUCACAAAUAAGGGACUUUUACUUGUGCCAUCUCCUUUUUAAUCUAUCAUAUGUCCUUGGUUCUCUGUCUUAAUGAAUGAUCAUUUUGAUAUUUAAUUGUUUAAAAGAAGGUCUAUACAGUCCUGCUCAACAUUUCUAAAAUUACUGCUUCUAAAGCAGCCCUAUUUUAUAUACACAGCCUGUGGUUUGACUGGCAGGGAAUACAACAUGGACUGUGACAUUGUUCUUGUUUUGUUAAAAACAAUAAACGGUUUCAAUAA